UGAACCAACGCCGACUGCACUGUUUGUGUUUUCAGUCGGGUACUCUAAAACAUGGACUAAAGGUUGCAGGCAGAUAGGAUAAGAUGCACGUGGAGCUUACUGUAAUCAGUGUACUUUCGUGGGAGAUCUGCCGUUAUAUACCUGGCAUUCAUUUUUCCCUGCUGUGGAUACAGGAGGCUUGCUUAUAGGGUAGGUGAAAUGACGCUCGACGGGCGUCUUGCGCUAGUGACUGGAGGCACCAGUGGCAUCGGAGAGGCUGUCUGUCACGCUCUCGCCGCUGAAGGAGCCACGGUGGUCGUCGCUGGCAGGCGACUCGAUGUCGCCAGGAAAGUUGCCGAGUCUUUGCCAGGUGAUGCGAAACACGAGGCACUAUACUUGGAUAUCGGCGACUCUUCCUCUGUUGAGAAGCUCUUCAACAACAUUCGCAACGCAUCCUCACUGCCUCUCAGCAUCGUCGUCAACAGCGCCGGAAUCCAUGCUGCGGUGCCUCUUGUCGAGUGCACAGACGAACUGUUUGACGACAUCAUGAGGAUCAAUUUGAAGGGUGCAUUCCUGGUGACCCGCGCUGCUGGCCGCGAGAUGAUUCGUACAGCAAAGGAGUUGCCCGAAGGAGGCGCAUCGAUCGUGAAUGUAUCCAGCAUCGCGGCCAAGGGCGGCUGGAUGAACGCCUCUGCGCACGCCGCUUCUAAGGCCGGCGUCGUGGCGCUCACCAAGUCUGCAGCGCAGGAACUGUCUGAGCACGGCGUCCGCUGCAACACAGUGCUUCCUGGAUGGACAGAUACACCCAUGACAGCGCCUCUGUCCGGCGAACAAAAGGCCGCUGUCUGCUCAAUGGCGGCUCUCAAGAGAGCCGCUCAUCCUCGCGAGAUCGCUGAGGCCGUAAAGUUUCUCUGCUCACCCACGGCUAGCUCAUACAUAACGGGAGCCGUACUAGAAGUCGCCGGUGGACUGAAAAUGUGAUUUUCGGUCGAACCAACGGUGUAGUUCCGUUUACUGAAGGGUCCAGACAAGCGGGAGCUGCGCCGCCUUGGCCCGGCCAUUGUGCACAUGUAUGGAGAAGUAUGCCUUCGUCGUUGAAGAUGCCAUUAAUUCAAGAGCUGACGCGCUGACAUUACUGGGGCAGUACCUAUGGCAGAAUCCUGAACUCGCCUUUGCCGAGCUGAAAGCCCAUGACUACAUCAGCGGUUACCUCGAGAACGAAGGAUUCCAAGUGAUUCGAAACUAUGUGCUUCCAACGGCCUUUCGAGCUCAGUUUGGAGAUGGAGACGUGACAGUGGCUGUGUUGUGUGAGUACGACGCCCUUCCAGGCCUUGGCCACGCCUGCGGUCACAACCUUAUUGCCCAGGGCUCAGUAGCGGCCGCGGUUGCCGUGAAGGAGGUUCUACGUCAAGCGCCGCUGAGAGGAAAAGUCGUGCUGCUAGGCACACCAGCCGAAGAAGGGGGCGGUGGCAAGGUGCAUCUCCUGAAAGGUGGAGCCUUUGACGACAUCCACUUCGCGCUCAUGGCCCACCCGAGCACCCGUGACGUAGCUGCAUGCAGCACUACGUCUGUAACGAAGUACGCGGUGACCUACAAGGGUCUUCCUGCUCAUUCGGCUGGGGCGCCCUGGCAAGGCCGCAACGCGUUGGACGCUGCUGUUGCUGCUUACGUCAACGUCGCCAUGCUCAGGCAGCAGAUAAGGCCCGAAUGUCGCGUUUCAGGUAUCUUCCGCAAAGGCGGUGACCAGCCCAACAUUAUACCGGCUGAGGCUAUGCUGGAAUUUGAUUUGCGCGCUCCAGACGCUUCCCAACUCAACGAGCUCGAACGUAGGGUUCGAGCCUGCUUUGACGCCAGUGCUCAAAGCGCAGGAUGUGAGCUGAGCGUGGAGCAGCCGAUGCCUAUGUACAAGAACCUGGUGCCGAAUAUUGUCAUGGCAAAUAUUUACAGGACUUUCGCGGAACAACAGGGACUACGUUUCCCGGAUGGCGACGUGUCUCCGGCGAGCAGCGCAUCCACUGACGUUGGCAACGUGUCGCACAAAGUCCCCACCAUACAACCUUAUUACACGUUAGAAGCUGCCACGUCCGGCGGAAACCACACCGAAGGCUUUCGAGAAGCCAGUAACGACCAGCGAUCUUACGACGUCACCUUGAAGAUUGCGAAGGCGCUGGCACUUACCGCAGUCAGAGUAAUGAGUGACUCAAGAAUUCUGACGGACGUAAGAAAAGAAUUUGCUAGCUCAGUGAAAUCAACGCUGGAUGAAGGGCGAGUUGACUGAAGCAGCCCGGUGGUGGCGGUGUAGAAGCUGUAGUCCAACUUCUCAUCGCUGAAGCCAGACUGAGAUAAUCUGGGCAGUCGAGGACAAGAAUACGCCGCAAUAAUUCUAAACAGAGAAAUAAAUGCAAUGCCACACGAUAAAGUCAAAUUGACACAGCGGCCAUUACAAAAGAAUUAUUCUGAGGUAACUAAGCAAGUAUGAGUGCUUUAUUAACGGUAACAAAAUUUUUAAAAGUAAAGUCCGUUUCACAUGGUGCGAUCUUGCAGUGCGUUUUUCGCAGCUAAGAUUUCCGCAAAUGCGAAAUUCGCAAUCUAGUUUCACAUGGAUCUACGGCUGCUGCGUUUUUCGCAUACUCGUAGCACAGGGUUUGCAAACUCGUAUAUUGUUCGGUGUAUGUUUCACCAACUCUGUUUUGCUAAAUUAACGACUCUGCAAUGUUUUUAAACUAUAUAUUUAAAGUGCUGAAAGUUUUAUUAACGUAGUUAAUGAAACAAAAGAAUAAACAAAUCGAUCCAGCUGCUUUAGUUGCAUUCUGACUGGCGAUGACGUAUGAGCAAGCCGCCUCCUACUGGUCGUCUGUUUCCACCGCAACAGUGGCUACCACCGCAUCUGCGUUUUCGCAGUGUAGUUCAGCACGCCGAACAUCGAAAAAUCGCACGCACGAAGGGUCCGGCGGCCUAUUUCCCGCAGCUGCGAAUUCGCAAGUGCGAAUUCGCAGACAAAAUCGCAUCAUCUGAAACGGGCUUAACCUGUGGCAUAUAGCACAAAUGUACUCAUUCAGCUCAAUUACUCGAUGAGGUGGACAUUAGAUACACUAGCAACCAAAAUGCAGAAUCGACUAACAAACAGGAUUUCACUAAACAGCAUUUUAACUAAUUCAGCGCACAAUUUGCAAUAAAUGAAUUGAAGCCAGCGAUUUCUCCUGUCACAUCCACUUGGAACGAAUUUAGAAACCAGCACCAGUUUUGAGAUGAGCGCUGUCAAACUUGCGGUGAAAAUGCAUUGCUACUCUUCUUACUUUUCAACAAGGCGCCUUCAUAUGUAGUGAAGGUCGAAAAUUACUGGAACACUUAUGCAUCUCGUUGGAAGCAUUGGCAAUAAAUAUAGAAACUGGUGUCAUUCUGCGAAUUUAUUCCAAUUGGAUAAGACUUUGAAAAGCCACCGGCUACAAUUCGUAAAUUACAAUAUUUACCAUGCGCAAUUAUUUUAAAGAUAAUUAGCCAGAAAUUGUUGAUUCGCGUAAUAUUCUUUUUGAUUUCUCGUUCAAAUGAUGUCUACCUCUGAGACAAUAUUAUCCAUAUCAAGAAGUAGAACUGGGCUACAUGCCACGGGUGGUUUAAAAAACAAUCUUAGCGAUAAAAAAGGAGAAAAAACAAUAUACCAUGCUAUACCAGGAAUGAAUUGUUUUUGUAAGGGGUUUAAAUAUAAUUCUGAAAAGGGCCUGCAACCUUAUCGCGCUAGGAAAUGCGUUUAUAAAUAUACGUAGGUUAAUUGCAAUAGGUCAGUGCGUUUCUGAGUGUCGCUUUCGCAACUGUGUUGUACGCAGUAAAUUCAUAGAAUAAUCCACGCUUAAAAGGAAAGAUUGAAGUGAACAAAUUUGCUUUACUGCAUUUUGCGCUCUGAAACAGUGUCGGAAACGAAACCCUUUUCUGAAUAUCCGAUAGGAACUUUUUUUUCUUCCAAAAACAGAUAUCUUGAUACAUAUCUGACUAUAAUUGUAGCGAGCUCCUUCAAAGCCAGUGUUGACGUCAGAUGCUUUGGGGAACCAGCUCACCAUGCUGCUAACAAAUAAGAACGGUUUGCGAUUGGUGAGUCCCGUGGCUUUUGGUACAUAAGCAAAGUUUAGGAGUGUGCUAGUUGGUAUAUCAUGAUUAUUAGAAUUGAAGCACGAGAACAAGAUAGGAACGGUAGGACAGCCCCGGACGAGCUCUAACUUUCAAGAUUUAUUAGGCGGAAACAGGAUGAUCGCAUACACAGGGAUAAAAACAAAAGACGAACAAAAUAGCAAUCAUGACGAUGGGCCCAAUGCAAUAAUGUACUGCAAGUGUAGCAUUCAGAGCUCAGGCUAGACCAGCACACUAAGAAAUCCUACCGAGAAAUCGACACGACAGCGCAAAGUGAAGCAUCGCGAUCAGUAUGCAAUCAUUGUACUAGGAAUGUAUUUUGUAUUUUGUCAUUCCAUGGGCAUAUCAUACACUGAUCAGACCAGUCGGUGCUGCAGAAUUUCACUGCGUGAACACGAGAACAAUGUUAAACGAGGUUUUGACGGACGCUUAGCCUACUGUCCCUUGUGUGGCGAUAGAUUACCGUUUAGAGGUGCAGUUACCAAACCUACGUGUCAGCUCAGAAGAAAAUUUUUAAAGAAGGUACAAUUACAAAAUUAACAAAAUCAGUACGGCAGCGUGCCGUUAGCUCAUAUAAUAUACAUAUACCCUUCCUCAGUCCUUGUGUUACAUGUUCAGUUCAACAGGGUAUGGAUGUGUACACUGUGAUAGUUGCUAGUUGGCUUGUCUUUUGUUCUGGUAGCUUUGUCUCGACCAGAAUUUGCAGAACAUCUAGGGAGCAGCCAGCUCUGUCCGUGUAAAGCGGGAACUGACGGUAAGAAGGAAGAAUUCACGCAGAAACUCCUCUGGGAGUUGUCUUAGUAUGCGUAAGCAUUGAGCCACUUGCUCAUCUCCACGCAGCCCGGUGUCAUAAUCAAUGUUAUGAAACUUGAUCCGACCAGUAAAACCCUUUAUCAACCCUUAUCGGUGGUUAUUAACCUAAUCGAACUAGAUCCGACCCUUCUCAACACUUAUGGGUUGGUAUGUAACCUUAUAGACUCGAUCCGAGUUUAAUCAAUCCUUAUCGGUUGUUAUCAACAUUAUCGGACAUCCUCCGACCCACCAACCCUUAUCGGUGCUUAUAAACCUUAUCAGAAUUACUGCGACCAUUAUAAGCCAUUAUCGCUCUUUAUCACAUUAUCCAACCACGAAGAACCAUUAUCAACCGUAAUGAGGCCCAUAUAACCCAUCAUCACUCUUUAUCAUCCUUAUAAACUCAUUGACUGCUUAUCUGUGUGUGUUGCACGAUGUGAAGCGCGUGAGCCUUUAGAGAUUGGAGGCAUUUCGGUCGGUGAAAGAACUCCCCAACGUAAGGCGCAUCCCGAGACCACCGAAACGCAUCGGGGAUGUGGUGUGUUUGGCACUAAUUUUUCGCAAAAUUGGAAUUUUCCUGAUGUACACAAUGCUCCGAGUCGGCUCUACAGAGAUGGCUUUAUUCCACCAUCACCAAAUUUUUCAACAAAGCCUUCACAGAAACUGUUCUCCUUUGAGAUUUCUUUUGUACCCCCGGUACAACAAAUUCAUAUGGUUCAGAUAUAUUAACCUUCAGCAAGCGUGGGUGUUUAGCCUCCUCGGGAGAACACUCGGCUUCUGAGCGUGGGGUCGUCGGUUCGAAACUCACCACUACUAAC